ACCCUUUCGUCUCGACGUAGUCUUGGAGCCAGACUUGAAGAAUGAUUCGUGAAUCCGGAAUGGACGACAGUGUCAUUACGACAUAGUUUUUUCCUUUUGACCAUGGAUUCUUAUGAUUCUCGAGGACCAACUUCUAGACAAAGGACCUCAAAUCUUAAGGACUACUUUGUAGGUGCCACCCCUCUGCAGAAACGACUGGAAGUGAUCAGGAGGCAGAGUUCGUUUUUUCCCAGUCCAUCUCGAAGGAAAAUUCCUCAGUGCUCACAGUUGCAGGAAGAUAUCGAUCCUCAGAAGGUUGCAUUUCUCCUCCACAAACAGUGGACUGUAUAUAGUUUAACUCCCCUGUAUAAAUUCUCCUAUUCUAAUCUCAAAGACUAUUCUAGACUUCUAAGUGCAUUUAUUGCUGCUGAAAAGCAAAAGGGACUUGCUGUGGAAGUGGGAAAAGACUUCAACAUCAAAGUGAUUUUCUCCACUCUACUUGGAGUGAAAGGGACACAAAGAGACCCUGAAGCAUUUCUUGUCCAGAUUCUCUCAAAAUCUCAGUCAUCACGUAAACGCAGAGAAGAUAAAGUGUUGUGGACUGGUUGGUUUUGUUGUGUAUUUGGAGAGAGUCUUCAGGAGACAGUCUCAGAAGACUUCACCUGUCUACCCUUAUUCCUUGCAAAUGGAGCAGAGUCCAAUACAUCCUUAAUCGGAGGCUGGUUUCAGAAAACCUUUGACUGUUGCUUCAGUCCUUUAGCAAUCAGUGCAUUUAAUCUUUCCUGGAUGGCUGCUAUGUGGACUGCAUGCAAAAUGGACCAUUACACGGCUACUACUGAAUUUUAUUGGUCUGUGCCCUGUAGCCCACAGAGCUUAGAUAUUUCUUUUGCAAUACAUCCAGAGGAUGCAAAAGCUUUAUGGGACAGUGUCCACAAAACACCUGGGGAGGUUACUCAGGAGGAAGUUGACUUAUUUAUGAACUGCCUUUAUUCACAUUUCCAUAGGCAUUUCAAAAUUCAUUUAUCAGCCACAAGAUUGGUUCGUGUCUCAACAUCUGUAGCUUCAGCACACACUGAUGGGAAAAUAAAGAUUCUGUGUCAUAAAUACCUUAUUGGUGUGUUGGCAUAUAUGACGGAACUGGCAAUUUUUCAAAUUGAAUGAAUUCUUGUAUGGACUAAAUGAUUCUUUAUAAACCCUUUUGAUCAUCUGCUGAACUGCUAUGCCAAGUGGCUCAGUGGAAGAAAUGGAGGACUUGUUUUCUCAGGGUGCCUUUGGAGUUGCCCAAGUUGAUAUAGAACACAGUAAUGGUAGUGGGUGAGCCAUGUUCAUGGGCUUGUGUACCCAGCAUAUCACUGUGGCUGUGUUAUGUUAUAAAAGAUGCUGAAUUGUUAAUAUAAAGAGAUCCAAUUUAGUCAAAUAAACAUCUACAAUCUGGUGUGA